ACGGACUAAAACCCUAAUUCCAACCUGAAGAAGCCGAUUCAGAACUCUUGCAUUUUCCGAAAAUGCGUUCGUCCUCUCGAUUCCUAAUCAAUCUUUCCGAGACAAACACAUCUAAUCUCAAUUUCCCCUUCUCUUCUUUUGAUCGCAGUCCCCGAAAUUGUGUUUCGGCUCUGUUACAAUCACGGUCCAUCUUCUCCACGACGCAGCUUUACGAUUCAUGGAUGGAUAAGAUCAAGGGAGCCUUCACUGGAAAGAAGAGCCCUUCCGAAGGAACCGAAAUCAGCUCUGAGUCCUUUACUCUCCUCCGGUUUGCUGAAGAAUUGAAAAAUGCCCGAAGAGUGGGGGCAUUCAAGCAAUAUAUAGUAGGAAGAAGUAGUGAAGCUACCUUUGCGGAUGCUUUUGAGAAGCAGGAAGCAAUUAUUCGCUAUUUGGGAGGAUUUGAUCCCACUGGGGAGAACAUCCAAACCAGCCAAAAGCAAGAAGCAGCAAAAAAGUGUAAUUGCACGAUCGCCGAUGUUGAGAAUACACUGGCAAAGUUUAUCUGGGCUAAAGAAGCACAAAAAAAGAUUGAGAAGUUGAAGGAAGAAGGAAAACCAAUGCCUAAGAGCUUAGCUGAGGUCCAGAAACUGGUGGGUUCAAAUCCUUUGGAUCUUGCUAGGUCUAAUUUGGCUAAGAGUGGCCAGAUCAGCCGUAAUGCUCUCUGUCCUUGCGGUUCCAAGAAGCGAUAUAAACGGUGCUGCGGGAAGGAUCAAACGGCAUAGGAAGAGAACUUGUUUGUCUGUUCCCUGUUUCUUGACUGAAUAUGUGGCAGUUCAUAAGGAUUAUGUUAGAUUGGACUUUCUAUUUUAUUUUACCUAGUUGGUUAAGCCAUUUAGGGAGGGAAUGAGAUGCUGAGAUCCUUCUUUCAGUUGGCAUGGUUUUUAAAUGCGCCAAAUCCUCAUGAUCCUUCACGGGAUCUUCAAAAUGUAGCAAGGCCAAGAUUUUGUCUUGAAAUUUCACCUGAAUGAGUUGGAUUGAGCUAGGGGCUAUUAUUCAUUAAUUAUGUAUGAUGUUUGAGUACC